UUCCCUCUGUUCUUGUAGCUGUCGCAGUGGUGCAAACCUCGCCUACAUGGCGAUGCAUUUCCUUUUGUUCGGCUAGCUUAUGUACAAAAAUGCAGCAGACAGUUUUCAGAACUAUUUCCUAUUUGGUUACACGCAUUAGCUGUAGUUGGGCCUAAGUGUUAGUCCUGCUGCUUGUUCGCUGUGAGAUUUAUCUUCGUUUCCUGUUGUGGAUGACAGCCGACAGCUUUGCUAAUGAGAGAAGUUAGACAUUUAUUAGCCACAUAGUUAGCUGUAUAAAUAUGUAAGCAGCAGUCUGCCGCCUCUCACAGCGGGCUUGUUUACAUCCGGUUCUGUUGGCUGCUUUGCAUGGCUGUGGACUGCGUGAAUUUAUGGAAACAUGUCAAAGAAACGGGGAAGGAAGCGUAGCAGUGGAGAGCUGAGUGAAAGCUCAGCAUCAACCCUCUAUCCAGACCCUGAUAAUCUUCUGGGCCGUAGGAUCCAGCACACCUGGAGGGAGAAGGGGAAUGUAACCAAGUGGAAAGGAACCGUUCUGGAGCGUCUAACCGUCAACAGCUCUCUCUACAUGGUUAAAUAUGACGGCUUUGAUUGUAUCUAUGGCAUCGAGCUCUUCAAAGAUAACCGGGUGUCUAACCUUCAGGUUCUGUCAGAGAAAGUUGUAAACAAUAAGAUCAAGGUGCCUCCCGGGGCAGAGGAGCUUGUGGGUCGAGCAGUGGAACAUCUGUUCGAGAAGGAGGACGGGGAGAAAAACGAGUGGCGAGGUAUGGUGCUGUCCCGAGCGCCCAUCAUGACCCACUGGUACUACAUCACCUACGAGAAGGACCCGGUGCUGUACAUGUACCAGCUGUGGGACGACUAUAAGGACGGAGACCUGCGUGUCCUGCCAGAGUCAGAGAACAAACAUCUUCUCCCAGCUGACAGGAAACCAGGUGAGGAGCCAGAGAGCCUUGUGGGUAAACAGGUGGAGUACGUCACAGAUAACGGCCUGAAGAGGACUGGCUUAGUCAUCUACCAGGUCCCUGCGAAACCCACUGUGUAUUACAUAAAAUAUGACGACGAUGUCCACAUUCAUGUCUACGACCUGGUGAAGACCACCUAACACUGACUGUCCCGUUUCAACUUCAGCUGGUGGCUUGUUCUUGUUCCGACCGGUCGUUACCUGUUGAAGUGUUGAAGAUUGAAAAUUUCCUUUGGGGCUGGAAAUUUGUUCAAGUGGUUUGAGUCUUCUUCCUUUCUCUCUUUUAACCCCUCCAAUGGCUUCUUUCACUUUGGCAUUAUUAGACAUCAUAAUCGUCUUUGAUAUUCAGUUUGAAGCUAAUCUUAAUAAAUGACCUCCGAGUCCUUUUUGGGUGUAAGUAAAGCAGGUGUUUAGCCCAGCAGAUGAAAUGGAGCUAGAUGUUUGCUUUAGUUCAAUCAUUUCAUAUUGUGCUGCUCUCAAACUUAUAAAAAUUUAAAAAACACUUUUAUAUUCAACUCAUCAGACCAGGAGAACUCAGAUUUGCAGUGGUUUACUCUGAUUCCACAUAUUUAUUUCAUCUGUAGAUCUUGCUGUGCUGCUGGUAACAAAUCGAGAAUUUGUUUGCUGUAAUUUUAAAAAAUAUUUAUGUUUCUGAUUAAGCCUCUAUUUGUGGAAAACUGUACUUACACUCAUUUCACUAUCUUGCUCAUUUUCUAAUCUCAGUGCUCUUGCAUUGUGAAAAGAAAACAAGGAUAAUCAUAAGAAGUAAUGUAUUAUAUCUGUUUUCUGCCAUCGUGUAAACUAAGUUUUUACAUCGUGUAUCAGAAAUGCCGUUAAACAGUGUUCGUGCUGCACACUCUGUAUUUGAAAAUGGUUAUCGACAUUGUGUAGUAUUUGAAAAAUAAUCUUAUUUGCCAAAAACAAGGAAAAAUGAAUAAAAUAUUGUUCAUUGUGA